AUGUCAAUGAGUAAAGGUAAAGUCCCAACUAAUUCUGUGGAGAUACCUCCUCCAAGUUGUCGUUCCCUCGACAUCAUUCCAAGAUUGGUACAUUGUCAAGAGACGCUUAGACCCAGCGUCAAGAAGAUGGUCGAGGCAUAUGGUGGCUCACCUGAAUGGAAGCCUGGAUACCUUUUUGUGAAAGCGUCAGAAAAGUAUUGUGUAGCUUGGAACCAACGAGAAGUGGAAGGUCUCCGGGUGAUAAAGGAUGAAUGGUCCAAGGAGGAUGACGAUAGUGUCGAGGAGUUCGCCGAUGAUUUGAACAAAAUCUUGAAAUACUCCAAGCUUGUUAAAUGGAGUGACGCGCAACAUUACGUUCCUCCUGUUCUUGUCGAGGAGGGGAAAGACACUAACACUCUGGUCGAGGAAGAAAAAGAUGAAGAAGAGUCAACUACUGUAGCUGCUAGAGCCAAUAAGAAAAGGAAGAGACUCGUGAAGGAUGUUAUCCUCAUGUGGCAUUGCAGCAACCUUCGAGGAGAAGCUGUUGUAGGCCUCAAGAGGCUUAGCGGGGACAGACCCAUCAAAGCCAAGUGGUUCAAACAGUUCCUGAAAGAGAGCCCGAAGGAAACCGUGUAUGAAGCAUUGGUAAAGGUUCUCACGAAGCUCAGCAGCGAGCAGCUACCUUUAUGGGAGGUUCUGUGCAAAGCCCUCGUUAAGAUGGGUACUCCUGAAGAUAUGGCCAUGUUCCCUGGUGAUCCCGCCAUAGUCUUGUCCAAGGGUCCAAGCGACGAGGAGCCAAUCCCCGAGGUGUUGGAUGAGUAUAUCGACAUCGAGCUUGAGGAAGAAGGUGAUGAGGCUUCGAGGGAAGACGUGUCUGAUACUGGCAAUUCGGGAGCACAGAAGAAUGCUGGAGGGACAUCUCUGAGUCAUCCCAAGGAUGGUUCUGCUGGGCAAGAUGCUAUAUGA